UCUAUCCACAAGACUUCAUAUUGAAUUUUCAUAUUAAGAUGUAGCCUGGAACUCCAAACUGAAAUUGCCAACACAUCACAAUACUAGUCUUGAGAUCUCACCUCUGUCCUUUACCCUGAGGUCUAACCUCACCAUCUACUGGACGCUUCCCUUCCCUGACCCUGCUUUAAAGAAGAGGCGGACAGUUUCUCAACGCAUCAUUCCCUGUUCUAAGGAGGUAGCAAGUUAGAGGUAGAAGAAGUCCUCAGGCGGACUAAGAGUGCAGUCGGAGGGAAGGAUGGUAUUCCGACAGGAAGAACUGCCCACGCUCUCCUAGGGAAAGGCUGCCGAGUCCCAUUUUAAGGCCCAUGGCAGAGGGAGCUCCAAGCAAUCCCUAAACCCGAGAAGAGUAAUAAGUGUGUACUCCUUUAAGAGGAGGGCUGGAAAAAUGGACGGGGCGCGGCCAUAAGAGAAGACGCCCAACCCUGAACCGGGUGGGUUAGGUAAGAAAAGACCAGCCCCUUCCGGUUACGUAAUCCUAGCGAGAUGGCGGCCCCCGGGGCGUCCCUUCGCCUGGUGGCUCCAGUAUGGAACAGGGGUACGAGCGGCAUCCGUGGCCUGAGCAGGUCAGUGGACCCAGAGGGCAGUCAGAGGAAGGGGAGGACGCUGCUCCAGUUCCUGGCUGACCACUUCUAUGAUGUGGAGGCUGUGAGGGAGUACCUGCUCCAGAAGCAGGUGUUGAAGGUGCUCCAGAAAAAUCGGUCCUCCACCUACAUCAAGGAGCGAUAUGGCCCCUACGUCGCAGGUGCCUAUUUCAUCCUGAAGCAGGGAGGCGCAGUCAAGUUUCAGGACAAGGAGUGGAUGCGGCCAAAUGGGCGUGGUCUCUCUGGUGAGCUCUGGAAGCUCCGGGAGGUGCCUAUAGAAGCUGUUGACGCCAGCGGCUGUGCCAUCACCUACCAAGGCCUGGACAACCUCUUGGCCCUGAAGGAGCUCCAGUCCCUGUCGCUGCAGUGUUGUCCCCACGUGGAUGACUGGUGUCUCAGCCGCCUCUACCAGCUAGCCAACUCGCUACGAGAGCUCUCGCUGGCCGGCUGCCCCCGCAUCUCUGAACGGGGCCUCGCCUGCCUCCACCACCUCCAGAACCUCCGCAGACUGGACAUCUCUCACCUUCCUGCCGUGUCCAACCCAGGCCUCACUCAGAUCUUGGUGGAGGAGAUGCUGCCCAACUGUGAGGUUCUGGGGGCUGACUGGGCCCAGGGCCUCAAGUUCGGGCCAGAGGAGCAGUCCCGCGACACAGCCAGCAGCCCCAUCCCUGCCUAGCCUUUGGCCCCGUCCGUGUGGAGCUGGGUCUCAGCCGGGUUGUGCUGAGAGGUUAACAGCUCACCCUUCUUCUAGCUUCCAGUUGGGUUCACUCAACUCGGGGGGUCGGGCUAGGAUCAGAGGCACUGGCAGGUCAGAGGCAAGAGGAGUGAGGUGGCUUGUCCCCUACCGCGGGGGUGCUCUGGCUGGCUGCACCCUGGGGUGAAGCUCGCAGCUCCUGUCAGCCUGUCAGGCAGCCCUUUCCACACCAUUCUCUCCUUCCCAGUUCCAGGAACCCCCUUCUCCUGCCUCUUCAGGCCUGGGGGAGGUAAGGGCUUCUGGCUGCAAGUAGCCUCAGGGAGUUGCACUCUCCCUUGUGGUGCUCCCACAGCGCGCCCACCUCUAUGUCAAGAAACUUCUCUUGACUUUUGUCAGAGAAACUUCUCGACUUUUCUCAGAAGACUCUUGUAGGAUUAUCUCACUUGAGUGUGCUACUGUUUCCUGCCAGGACCUGACUGAUACAGAAGGUGCUAUGGGCAUUUUAUAGGGAUGGUUCUUCCCUGUGUGGGACGACUUAAGCUCAGGCUGAAGCAUCCCUGGGCCACACCCACUAAAUGCUGGGAGCAUCCUAAGCCCCAGUGUUCUCGCUUAUUGAGUUACUGACUCAGCUCCAAAUUCAGCUUGCUUGUUUGCUCUGUGAAAAUUGAUCCUGGGCCUUUGAAAUAUUUUUCCUUUGCUAAGUGGCCUGAUAAGGUUUGCCAGUAGAGGGCGCUCGAGAGACGUUCCUUGAGAGAGGCAAGGCUUUUGCUUUCUGGCGGCACUCAGGAGUGCCAGCUCAGCGGCCCUGCAGCACAUGACUGCCCCGCGCACCUGCUUCCUGAAGCGUCAGGUGGUCAGCAGCUUCCCCGGCACCCACCACCCCUGACCUGGCAGUUCUAUAGAGCCUCCACUGACGCACCUCCCUGUGAAUGCCUCUCCACCACACCCCCGAAGGUGGAUUUCCAGUAAAUUCCAAGGCACCUUACCAAUGAAUCUCCCUCCUUAUUUCACUUUGCUGUGAAAGUCAUUAAUUCUCUAUAUUAAACUUUUCCCUGUUCAAA